AUGGUAACGGUUGAAUUACGUUUAGUAUUUUUAAAACUUGGAGAAAUUGAUACAUUAAAAGAACAAUUUCAAGCUGAAGCAUUUAUUCAAGCACGUUGGUCUGAACCGACCUUGAAAGGAACGGAUAUUGAUUCGUUCGAACCAAGUAAAUUUUGGAAUCCAUUAUUAUAUGUUGAUAAUUCUGUGGGUGAUUUAAAAAAUGAUACUUGGCAUAAAGUUGUCUAUGAUGGGAUUGAUACACCGAUGAUUUAUGAAAUGAGAAAAAUUAAAGGAGUUUUUCUUGAAAAUCUUGAAUUGAAUGAUUUUCCAGUUGAUGUUCAAGAUUUAUCAAUAACGAUAUCAACAACACGAACAGUUAAUGAAGUAUUUCUUACUGCAGAUACAGAUCAAUUAAGUGCAAUUAAUACACAUGCAUUUAUUGAUCAACAAGAAUGGCGUUUACAUGAACAUGUUGAAACAUCAACAAAACUAUUAUCAAGUCCAUUUACACCAUCACAAAAUCAACAUCCAGCAUUUUCAGCGACUUGUCGAGCAGCUCGACGACCAGGAUAUUUUUAUUGGAAUGUUUAUUUUCUAAUCUUUUUCAUAACAGUAAUGGCAUUUACUACAUUCAGUGUUACUUAUAAUCUUCCACAAAAUCGUCUUCAAUUAAGUUUUACACUUCUUCUAACAGCAGUAACAUUUAAAUGGGUUGUUGUUCGAUGUUUACCAACAAUAUCUUAUCUAACAACAUUAGAUAAAUAUGUGCUUUUAUCAAUGGUUAUGUUAUGUGUUGUAUGUGGAUGGCAUGCAAUAAUUGCUAUUUGUCCAACUAAUGUCGCACCACGUUGGGAUAAUAUAGCAUUUAUAACUUUAGCUGUAAUAUAUACAUUAUUUCAUCUAAUCUUUUUCUUUUGGAUGUAUUUUGUUACUUAUCGCCGACGACGUAUAAUGAAACGAAAAGAUCGAGAAUAUAUGAAAGAUCGUUUGGAGCAUUUAUCAACAUUUGGUAAUCAAUUAGGUGAUGAAUCAAAUAAAUAUGUUAGUUCAGCAGCAACAACAGUUGUAAGAAAAACAACAACAACAUCGAAAAGUGAACAUCGUUCAUCAAAUUCAUCUGAAGAUGCGCAUAGAAGACAUUCUGUUGAACCAAAUCAUCAAGUAUUAGUAAAUAAGUAUGCGUUCGAUCAAUCUCUUUCGCGAACAUCAAUGCGACCACCAACAUCGAUUGUUAAUCCUUUAAGUAAUAGACAAUAUAAUAAUAAUUAUACUGGACAACAAGUAUUAUUAACUUCCGGUGAUAUUGAAGCAAUGACUAUGAAACAAUUUCAAAUGGGUUCUCUUGGAUGUUAA